AUGGAAAUGGGGGACUUGUUUUUGGGACCUUUUGCGCGUUGCUGCAGCAUCAAGCAUGUUCUGCCGUCUUUCAUUGAUGGAACAGAUUCAGGAUUUGACGAUUCUGUUGAUAGUGUUUGUUCCUGGCAAAAUGAGAGACCUGGACUCGCAGACUGUUGGAUGCUGCGGAAAUUGGGCAUGAGCAACAUUCCACUGUUACAUUCAUUGUGCAUCCUAUUUUAUUCUUAUUGUGCUACUCUCGCUCAGCUCAGUCCGUCCUACUUGGGGAUCUGGACAGCCACACGUUGCGUCAGCGGAGGAAAGACUGCUGGAUGGCGAGGGCACGGCCAGGAGCCGCAAGGAUCGCGAGCAGGGAUAAAUAUGAGGAUGUACUAG